AUGGCGACCGGUGGCUACCGGACCGGCGGCGGCGGCGGCAGCACCACAGACUUCCUGGAGGAGUGGAAGGCGAAGCGCGAGAAGAUGCGCGCCAAGCAGAAUCCCGCGGGCCCGGCCGCCCCCGCCGGGGGCACCGGCGACGCGGCUGGGAAGCUCCCGCCGGGGGCCCUAGGCACCUCGGCCGCGGCCGCGGCAGCCAACGAGCUCAACAACAACCUCCCGGGCGGCGGUGCCGCCGCCGCCGCACCUGCCGCCCCCGGCCCCGGGGGCGUGAACUGCGCCGUGGGCCCCGCGCCGCUGAGCCGCGCCGCCCCCGCCCCACGGCGGCCGGAGGACGAGUCCCCCCCCAGCGCCGCCGCCACUUCGGGGGCAGCGCCCGCCCGGGGCGGCGAGGAGGAGCGGGACUGCGCCCCGGAGAAGGGCAAGAGCUCGGGCCCCAGCGCCAGGAAAGGCAAGGGACAGAUCGAGAAGAGGAAGCUGCGGGAGAAGCGGCGAUCCACCGGCGUGGUCAACAUCCCCGCCGCAGAGUGCUUAGAUGAGUAUGAAGAUGAUGAAGCUGGGCAGAAAGAGCGGAAACGAGAAGAUGCGAUCACACAGCAGAACACAGUACAGAACGAGGCUGUGAGCUUGUUAGAUCCAGGAAGUGCUUACCUGCUACAAGAGCCCUCUAGAACAGUUUCAGGCAGAUACAAAAGCACAACCACUGCCUCUGAAGAAGAUGUCUCAAGUAGAUUUCCCCGAACAGAUAGAAGUGGAUUCAGCAGGUAUAACAGGGAUGCAAAUGCUUCAGGUAAUUUGGUCUCAAGUAGCACAUUGGAAAAGAAAAUUGAAGAUCUUGAAAAGGAGGUGGUAAGAGAGAGGCAAGAAAACUUAAGACUUGUGAGAUUAAUGCAAGAUAAAGAGGAAAUAAUUGGAAAACUCAAAGAAGAAAUUGAUUUGUUAAAUAGAGACCUAGAUGACAUAGAAGAUGAAAAUGAACAACUAAAGCAGGAGAAUAAAACUCUUUUGAAGGUUGUUGGGCAGCUAACAAGGUAG